UCAAUACCUACCUGUCACAUUCUAGACCCUUGCCGUUGCACUUUUCAUUGCAUACCUGUCAGCUCACGUAGUCCCUUCCACGGAGCGGCCGUCACUCAACUCGCUUCACCCCCAUGCCACCCAACCCCUGACGCCGCCAAUACCCGUUUGAUUCAUUCAAAGAGCGAGACGACAUCGAGGACACCGAGAACCCGGUAACCCGGUCGAAAUUUGCGCGCCACAGUCUUGUCUGCUUAUCUGACUCUUUGGUGGAUUCGCUGAUCAUGUCAACGGGCGAGAUCCUGCGGCCUUCCAUGAACAUGGAUAGAAACCGAUAUCUCCGAGAGUGGCAUCAGGGGCAGCUGCGAGUCUUCGGGCACAGUCCGUUAUGUGACGACAACCACAACAAAAAGGUAGAUGUCUACACUGUCGUCUCCCGAAGAUUUAAACUUAGACAACCUCAGUAGAAUGAGUCAGAGCUAGAAACCAAAUUGAGACCGACAUCAACUUGCCUUCAUCAUGACGCUCGGAGGCGAUGGCCCAUGGGCUGUCUCCGUCAUGUGGAUAGUUACAGCCCUUACCUCUGUCUUUGUUCUCCUCCGUAUCUACACCAGGUUCCACGUGGUGGAAAGCUAUGGGCUGGAUGACCACGUCUACAACUUCGCGUUUGUUCUCCUGCUGUGCUACACAAUCAUGACAACCAUCGCAGCCCAAUAUGGCUUCGGCCAAAACAUGUUCGACAUACAGGAAGUUGAAGACCUUGUCAAAGCUAUUUUGUUCGAGGCAAUCGGCCAAACAUUUGCGGUGGUUGGCAUGGCGGUGGCAAAGUGGUCGCUGGGUCUCUUCUUGUUGCGCCUUGUCACGCAAACAUGGCACAAGUUCGUCAUAUGGAUUACGAUGGGAAGCUUGCUGGCAGCGUCUAUAUCUGUCUGCUUUGUGUUCUGGCUGCAAUGCUCGCCACCGGCUUACCUCUACGACAGGAGAAUUCCUGGGGGUUACUGCUACAUCAACACCACGCCAGUGUCGUUUACCUUGUGCAUCCUCUGCGUCAUUGCAGACUUCUUCUUCGCCAUCUUCCCAUGGGUCUUCCUCUGGAAGCUCCAGAUGAACCAGCGGGAGAAGAUUAUCAUUGCCGCAAGUAUGAGUCUUGGGUUGAUCGCCGGUGCAUGCGGUAUUAAAAGGACCAUUGAAGUCCCCAAUCUGUCAAGUACAAACUACACCAAGGACACAGUUGGUCUCAUUGUCUGGUCCGCUGCCGAAAUCGCCAUCACCAUGAUCUGCAUUGGCGUCCCUGUCGUCCGACCCCUCUACAAAGGCUUCAUCGACAAGCUCACGUCCCGCGCCACCCGCUCAACAUCCGGUUACAAGAAACAAAGUGGUCCACGAUACGGGCUCAAGACAUUUGGGGGGAGCACCAUGCCUGGAGCGAGUCGAUGGCAGGCUGAGACAACUGAUGGGGAGGAGAGUGAUGACAAAGCAAAGAAAGCCGAGGAACGGACAAGGCAGCUGAAGAUGGGCGUGAACGGCCCCUUCACUCAUACCAAGGCUGUUGGAGGGAGGACCAUGCCGGCUAAUAGGAGUGAUGAGGAGAUUUUGGGGCAGGAGUAUCGAGAGAACAUGGCGGAUGAUGUGGAGGAUGGAAGUGGGAGGGGUAGUAACAUUCAGGUUGUCGAGACUUGGACUGUUGAUCGGUCGUCACCGGUUGGGUCGCGGGGGAGGUAUUGA